GGUAUGCCUGCUUCCCUAAUGGAAGACAGAAGAUUUGCAAACAAGAAAGCAAACCCUGAUCUGUAAAUUAUUAAGCUUUCCAUCUGAUCCUUCCAGUUGGUUGGACAAGAAGACCUCUGGACUUUCCCAGGAGAGCAACGAGCCCGUACUGCAGUUGCUGGAAGCAGAGACUGGUUUGCAGGCAGAGUUCCUGUGAGACAGGUGUACUAUGGCUGGCUAACAACUCUGGCCAUGGUCUAUGUCCUCAAAUGCUGGCCUGUCUUAGGCAGAGCCUGCUGGAGACCCAGCUCUCGCUCUGCUGGUGAAGCAUCGUCUUCCAACAUGGCCCUCAAGGAGCAUGGGCUGCAUAUCUUCCGCAGUGCUGUUGGCACAGUCCUGCCGGGGCCCAUGCUGAAAAGGGCCCUGGUGCUAGAGACGAGUGAAUGCCCCAGGCUCGUGUUGCAUGGCCGACCUUUUGAACUCAGGGGGGACUUGUACCUGGUUGGCUUUGGGAAGGCUGUUCUGGGCAUGGCAGCUGUGGCAGAAGACAUCCUUGGAGACCACCUUGUUCGGGGAGUAAUUAGCGUUCCUCAAGGCAUCCAAGAAACUCUACAACACACAGGAAUGAGGGAGAUGUUGCUGAAGCCCCAGAGCCACAUCCAGGUUAUGGAGGGAGCUAAGCACAACCUUCCUGAUAGAGAAGCUCUGAAAGCAGCCAGCACCAUCCGGGAUUUGGCCAAAGGCCUGACAGCAGAGGACCUUCUCCUGGUGCUGAUCUCGGGAGGGGGUUCGGCACUUCUACCUGCACCCAUCCCUCCAGUCACCCUCGAGGAGAAGGGAACCCUCACCAGGCUACUCGCUUCGAAAGGAGCUACCAUUCAAGAGCUGAACACCAUUCGCAAGGCUCUCUCCUUGUUAAAAGGUGGGGGGCUGGCACGGGCAGCCUAUCCUGCACAGGUGUUGAGCCUUAUCCUCUCUGAUGUCAUUGGGGAUCCAUUGGACAUUAUAGCAAGUGGCCCUACUGUACCCAGUUCUCACCGCGUCCAGGACUGUCUGCAGAUAUUGGCCAAAUAUGAUCUGCUAAACAGCUUGCCAGAGUCUGUGCAGACAGUGCUGUCUAGUUCCGUCACGGAGCAGAGCACUCCCGAAGACUAUUCCCACGUCUACAAUGUUGUCAUUGGGUCUAACAGAUUAGCUUUAGAGGAGGCCAAACGUCAAGCGGAAGAUCGGGGUUAUCUAACUGUGCUUCUGAGUGAUGUCAUGUGUGGGGAGGUCAGCACCGUUGCCCACUUCUACAGUCUGUUAAUUCAGCUUGUUUGCUUGAGCACCUCGAGAAUUUCCAGGAAUUCCCCUUUGAAAGACAAGGUGAAAGAAGCUCUCUCGAACCUUGCAGCAGAACUGGAGAUCCCAGGCUUGGACCUUUCAGAUGCUUUCAGACAUUUGCAAGAAUCUCAAGUUGAAAAACCCAUUUGUCUUUUGGCGGGUGGAGAAACCACUGUGCAGCUUAAAGGAAACGGGAAGGGGGGGAGGAAUCAGGAAUUAGUUCUGCGAGUGGCUUUAGAGCUGCACAGAGUGAAAUCCACUGCAGAAGGCAGCUUUCUUGAGAAAUUUGAAGUUGUAUUCCUGAGUGGUGGUACUGAUGGACAAGAUGGACCCACGGAGGCUGCUGGGGCCCUCUGUAGCCAGGAACUGGUGGGCGAGGCUGAGCAGGAAGGUUUCGAUGUGGAAGCAUUUUUGAGCAAUAAUAAUUCAUACUCAUUCUUCACUGAGUUCCAAAGCGGGCGUCACCUUUUGAUGACAGGCCUGACAGGCACAAAUGUCAUGGACGUUCAUGCUGUUUUAAUCAGAGCCAGAGGAAGUUUGUGAUGCUUCGGACGUUAAGAUUCUUUUACUAAGAAGGAAGAACAUCUAACUGUGGGUAACUCUAGGCUACAUAAAUUGGGGAGUGUUGCUUUCUGGUCACUUAACAUCCAGGACAUGUUAAAUGUUUCAUUUUUAAAAAAGAAAGAAGUAAGGUCAACACAGAGUAAGCGUAAUACCAACAUUCUGGAUAUCAAGGAGGUCCAUGUGUUGGGCACAUGUGAAAAGGACUGUUUCCUGUGUCACUCUCAGACUGUGGAAUGCGCUCCCUCAAGAACUAUGAUUACCCACCUGCUCCUUUGGCCUUUAGAAAGGUUGUGACAACACUUCUUUUUAAU